AGUGCAUGAUAUGACUUGUGUGGUCUCACCAGCCUCCUUUUGUGGUCUUUCUUCCCCCAUUUCCGCAGGCACUGGGAUUCAAUCGAAGAAGCAGUUCCUCUUCGGAAGUAUAGAAAUGCUAAUCAAACUGGUUCCUGGGAACUCCGCUGGUACCGUUACGGCGUACUAUUUGUCUUCAAAAGGUACCAAGCAUGAUGAAAUAGAUUUCGAGUUCUUGGGGAAUGUAUCUGGACAACCUUACAUCAUCCACACCAAUAUUUACACUCUAGGUAAUGGAAGUAGAGAGCAGCAAUUCUACCCCUGGUUCGACCCCACCGCGGAUUUCCACAACUAUACCAUACAUUGGAAUCCCAACCAGAUUGUGUGGUUUAUUGAUGGGCUUCCAAUCCGUGCUUUUCCCAAUUACGAGAACAUGGGCUUUCCUUACCCAAACAAACAAGGAAUGAGGGUUUAUUCCAGCUUAUGGAAUGCAGAUAAUUGGGCAACAAGAGGCGGACUAGAAAAGAUCGACUGGAACAGUGCACCCUUUGUAGCUAGACUCCGCCAUUUCAGGCCAAGAGCUUGCAAGUGGAAUGGGCCAAUCAGCAUUAUCCAAUGUGCCUCUAGUUCCUUGGCUAACUGGUGGAACUCUCCUGUAUACAGCAAGCUGAGUUAUGCUCAGGCAGGUCAGAUGAAGUGGGUCAGGGACAACUAUAUGAUCUACGACUACUGCAAAGAUACGAAAAGAUUCAAUGGACAGAUGCCCCCAGAGUGCUCCAAACAGCCAUUUUAAUAGAAUCAUGGAAAGAAAAGUGUGCCAACAUGUUUUUGAAGAGUUUCAUUAUUUCAGCUGUUGACUGAGGAAUAAAUUUCGUUCUUUUGUAUUCUUUUGUAUUUCUUGAAAUGCAUAUGAUAAAUAAAAAAAGCUCGCAGGUGAUGUUAUGAUGACUGAAUUUUGAUAUGUAAACGGGGCUUCCAAAGUGUUUUGAGUUG